AUGAUAUUAUUGAAAAUAUGUUUGGCUAAUUUUUUUUGUAUAUUUAUUUCAUAUCUUUUAUUAACACAUACUGAAAACAAACAAUUAAAAAGUUAUGUUUUAAAAAAAAAGUUUAUGUUAAAAAUUGUUAACGCCAAAAAUAAUAUAUUAUAUGAACAGCAAAAAAAAAAACAUCGAAGUGUAAGAAAUAGGAAAAAUCUUAAACACUUUAAUCCAAAGGCAUUUCUAGUUUUUGACAUAAUAAAAAUAUUUGGUCGUUUAUCAGACAAAGAAUUAUUGGGUCACGUAAUUUCUCAUAACAACGAAUUUAUAGAACUUGACAAGAAAAAAAAAACAAAAAAAUGGGAAAUUUUAUUUAAUAAUGAUUAUAUAAAUUUUGACAUUCUAAAAAAUUUUUUAAUAAACAAUAAAUUUGAAUGGCCUCUCACAGUAAAUUCUGGGCAAAUAAAAAACCAAGUAUCUCCAAUUGUUUAUGUUGAGAAUUGUAGGAAGAUAAGUGAACAAGUGAAAAAUAAAAAUACCAAAAUAAAUUUAAAAAUAAUAAAUGAUUAUAUUAGUGAAAUGCCUAUAUCGAAUGACGCCAUACAAUGUGUUUUCUCAUCAUUUAGCGAUUAUGAAGAAUUAACAAAAGAACAAUUUAUAAAUAAAAUUCAUGAAUGGGCUCCCUCAGAUGGAAUAAUCGAUUGGUAUACAUUUGUUUAUAAUUUGAAAGAAGAACCAUCGGAUAAUAUUAAAAGAUUUUUUGAUUAG